UAACCUAAACAGAGGGAUAUUUACGUACAUGCGCACCUCUGCAAGCAAAACUUGUUUCCUUCUCGGAGAAAACUAUUUAUUGGAUUUGAAGUUUUAUUUUGCCCUAAACAGCUGUUUGUAGUUCCGAUUAAAUCGCCACCGAUUCUUCACGAACUACGCUGAUUGCCGCUUCUGAUUUAUGUUCAACAAGCUGCUAAAGCUCCGCUUUCAGGUGAUGGAGUUUUAGCCCUCGUAGUAAAAAGUUUCCGAAGCUGAUGAUGGCGACAAGGAAGACUAGUACCUGUGCUAUAUGCGAGAACUCCAAUCUCGCUUCUAUAUGCACCGUUUGCGUUAAUUACAGGUUGAAUGAUUAUAGUUGUAGGUUGAGGUUGCUGAAGAGUAAGAGGGAUGCGCUCUAUUCAAAAUUGACGCAAGUUCUUGUCGCUAAGGGCAAGGCUGAUGAUCAACACAGUUGGAGGGUACUUCAAAAUGAGAAAUUGGCCAAACUGAGAGAUAAGCUCCAGCGUCGUAAAGAACAAGUUUCUGAAGGGCGUGCUCAGAUUGAUAAGAAGUCUCAUGAUCUUAAAGUCAAAUACGAAUUGCUUGAAUCAGCUAUGCGUGUGUUGGAAAAAAAUCGUAUGGAAAAACUUGAGAAGUAUUACCCUAAUCUUAUUGGCACACAGAGAUUGGGACUUAUGGCAAUUACCUCUGAACGCCUCCACAAGCAAUCUGUUAUUAUAAAGCAGAUAUGCAAGCUGUUUCCGCAACGCAGGGUGAGUGUAGAUGGUGAAAAUAAUGAAGGGUAUAGUGGCCAAUAUGAUACCAUUUGCAAUGCGCGCUUGCCAAGAGGUUUAGAUCCCCACUCAGUACCGUCUGAAGAGCUUGCAGCCUCUUUGGGCUACAUGGUGCAACUCCUAAGUAUUAUUGUCCCUGUUGUGGGUGCUCCUGCUCUUCAUAACUCUGGAUUUGCGGGUUCCUGUUCUCGAAUAUGGCAGCGUACUUCUUAUUGGGAUGCUCGUCCAUCAUCUCGAAGUGAAUAUCCGCUAUUUAUUCCUCACCAAAACUUUUGCACUGCUGGGGGUGAAACUUCAUGGUCUGACAAAAGUUCUAGUAAUUUUGGUGUUGCUUCAAUGGAGUCGGAAAGAAAGCCUCGUUUAGAUUCCUCUGGUGGUAGUUUCAAUUAUUCAUCUGCUUCUCCACAUUCUAUUGAAAGACACAAGGAUUUGCAGAAAGGCAUAUCACUCCUUAAGAAAAGUGUGGCAUGCAUCACUGCAUAUUGCUAUAACUCAUUAUCUUUGGAAGUUCCUUUAGAUGCCUCUACUUUUGAGGCAUUUUCAAGAGUGUUGAAUACACUUUCUUCUACAAAGGAAGUUCGAGCUGCUCUGUCUUUGAAAAUGGCAUCAUCAAGGUCAUCCAAUCCAAGCCAACAGCUGAAUAAAUCUAUAUGGAAUGUGGAGUCGGUCAGUUCAUCAAGCACUUUAUUUGAGAGUGCUCAUGCACUGCCUACUGCGAGAAAUGCAUAUGCUAAUUAUCCUCCUAGCUCCGCUGCCAGUUAUCUUUAUCUUAACGAGUUUUCUGAGUCGGGAAAGAGUGAAAACUUAAUAGAAGGUUGGGAUUUUGUUGAACAUCCUCCUUUGCCACCUCCUCCAUCACAAACCGAAGAUGUGGAACAUUGGACUCGUGCUAUGUUUAUUGAUGCAACAAAAAAGUGAUUUGAAUUUCGAUCUCGUUUUUAGCAUUUAUCUAGCCACUGUCUGCCGAGCUUCAUCGAAGAUUAAAGCAUUCUCACCCGGAUGAAACAUAAUCUGCGUGUAAAUACACUUAAACGAGGGUAAAAUUUCCGGACACUCCCUGUGCUCUAUUCAAUAUGUACAUAUUAUAAUGGUUAUCUGUACAGGGUCGAUACCUUUAGCAUCUUUGGCUUAUUUAGCUGCACUCUCUACCUUCCAGUUUUUUUAGCUUUGAUAAAGUUGAUUUAUGCACUUCGAGAAUAAGAUUCCAUGGAAUUAGAAUUUCUAUGCUGCUUUAAUUUGAUGCUA